UAUUCCAUCGUUCCUUCAAGAUUAUUCCAUUAUUCCAUUACUCUUUCAAGAAUCAUAUAGAGAAAGUACUCCCGUAUUAUAUCCGUGUCAUGUUUGUACAUCUACAUAGAUUCUUGGGGUCAUUUACCCAGAUACCUUAUCCUCUCCUACUCGUAUAUGAACGGUGUCACUUCUCUCAUACGAUAUUCGUUCGAGGGUCAUGUUAUCAUCAUUCUACGCUCACCCAGCUGCUAUUCAUCUUUGUUCAUCUCAGUUGAAGCCACGCAUGAAUAUGCCAGAACAGGACGGUGCAAUGCUUAUAUUCCAACAGUGAUAUUUAUCUGCCGUUUCUGAAGGGUUUGGACAUCCUAGGCGGAUAAUCACUUGAUCAACUCCGUGCCCUCGACAGGAUCUUUACCGCUGCUUUGGGAAGAAUGGAUGAGAAAAAAAAACAGUUGAUUUUUAAACUACGCGAUGCUGGCUACAACCAGAAGAAAAUUGCAAAACGCGUGGGUAUCGGUUUGAAUGCAUUGAGACGUUUCCUCCGGAGGGAAACAUUAUUUCGACUACGAACGGCGCGGAUUGAUGAGGAGAAGCUAGAGAUUUUACCGCUGUUACACCAACAAACGUGCAGUUUAACAAAAAUUGCGAAUCAAUUCAGCAUGAGCUUUAAGACAUUGAAUCAAAUGCGACGAACAGCCGGCGUUCCUGACGAGCAAAAGAAAAGCAUCCUUCCGCUGUUUUAUCGCGGUGACUCAAGGGCGGACAUUAUGCGCGAGGUUAAAAUGGAAGGUGGCGCCGGCAACCCUGUAUUAGUUCAUUAUGCUAAUCAGAGUUUCACCACACGGGAUAAGAUUCGUGUCAAUCAGGAACAGAAAGCAGAAAUACUCAAGUGCUUUGAUGAAGGGCAUAGUGAACUGCAAAUCAGAGAACAAUUUGACCUGUCUAAAGCCACUCUUAAGAUGUUGUUGCGACAGAAUGGGAAGACCUUCGGCGAACGUUACCGGCAGAAUUUCCAGAAGAGACGAGCUGCUGCUCUGCAACUUCGUGCCCAAGGAAUGUCAAUAAAUGCCAUAGCGAAACAGCUUAAGGUAUCCGCAAGUACGAUAAGCCGUCAAAAACAACCUAUCGGCCACGAAACAGUCACACUGGAUAAAUGUUCUCAGUACACUGCGUCGCUGGAGUUGAAAAAAGUUGAUGCAGAACCGGCCUCCGAAGCACAACGACCUGAUGAGCACGGCGGUCACGACACGGAGACCACGUGCGUGAUGCAAAAUGAUAUUCCAGACACUAAAUGCCAGCACGGUGCUCGUUGUGAUCAAACCGCCACGCCUAACCAUGGCAAAAGAACCACAGCGCUUAGCCGAUUGUCCGCUUGCAUUAUCGACGUUGGAACAGUCGAGAAAGCUUCUAAGGAUAACUCGGAAGUAUCUGUACUUUGCUCGGAGAAUACUCACACAACGCUGGAAUAUUAUGCUAAAACGGAUACUUCUUACGCCGGCGUCGAUAGGAAUAUUGCACCUGCACAUUUUCCCUCCGGCCAAAUAAAACAGCAGAAAGGGAUUACAGAAAGUUCCCGUGUUAUUUCAACAGACCAUUGCAUUGUGGAAACUACUCCCAAAGUAUCGUUUCUACAGCCAGUCAGUGUAACCUUGACCUGCCGCAACGAAAAAUACCAAUGCCAAACGUGCCACUUUACUUGCGACGAAGAGGAAGCAUUCCUGUUGCAUCUGGCCGGCAAAGAACAUUCACAGCUUUCUGCUACUGGCACUUUCUUACACUGUACGGGAUGUAAAUUCAGAACGCGAAAACCGGCGACAAUGGGCCAACACAUUAUUAAGUACCAAUCGUGGCAAAAUGCGCUGCAGUACCAUAAUCUGCAUUCUGUUAAAAUUUAAAACUAUCCAUUGAGUAUAUAACUUUCAAAUGUACGAUUUUCUCGGUUAUUUAGAGCAUAUUUGCUGCUGCGGUCGUCUGCGCCGCUUACAUUUUCACUACUUCUG